AUGGAUCUGGGUGAUUGGUCAAGUUUUGGCUCUUUUACUUAUCCGAAAACAAAAAAUGAAAAAAAAAUUUAUAAUCGGUACUACGAAAAUGGUAUUGAAGAUUCAAUGAUUUACGGCAAACGAUCUGUUAGUUCUUGGAAUCAUUCCCAUCAUCAGCAUCAGCAACAGCAAUCACCAGAUUCUUAUUGCUGGUAUCAUCCGUCUGUUGGAAAUUCAAUUCAAAAUAACUCACAGACGUCUGUACAUGGAAAUAGUCUCAUACCACCGAAUCUAGUUCAAAUCAAUCAAAUGUCAUAUAGUUCAUAUCAUGGACCCCAACAACAGCAACAGCAACAACAACAACAACAGCAGCAGCAGCAACAUCAACAACAGCAGCAGCAGCUGAAUCAAAUGACAUCAAGUAUUCAAAACAACUCAUCCCUUGAUGACGAAUGGAAAAAUAUUCAUGUAAUGCUAAACUGUAUUUUGGGUAUGGUUGAAAAAACUAAACGCGCGUUGGUAAUUUUACAAAAACGUGGUUCAUCAAGUCCAGCUGGAGCUACAACUGCGUCUUCAGCUAAUGCAUCUACUGUUAUUUCUACGUCGAGUCAAAAUAACGGCAACACUCUUAAUUGCUUAAAUGGUUCUCAAGUAGAAGGAGGAUCCGUAGAUCGUGAUAGUAAUUUAAAACGACUUUCUGGAGAAAUCGUCGCUCAAACGAUAAGAGCUACUGAAGAUCGUGUCACUGCGGAAGUUAAAAGACGGGCUGAAGAAGCUGUUCAAGAAGUAAAACGUGCUGCUAUGGUUGAAGUACAACGUGCUGUAGCAAUGGCAGUGGCUGAAUCACGAGCUAAUGAACGAUUACGCGCUCAUCAACCCACCGAUGGAUCAUUUUUACCUUUAAAAAAUCAUGGGAAUGUCAAACAGGGGCCAUUUUUCCGUCUGAACAGUCAUCCGGUUAAUCAAAGUGUAGAAAUUACGUCGAAAAUUAAUGCAGCGGCAACUAUUAAUUCAAGUUUAUCCAGAGAUGAUGAUAAAGAAAUUCAUUUUAGCAGUAUUGGAUUUACUUGUUGGAAUUGUGGGAGAUCAGCUCUGGAGACUUGUGGUGGGUGUGGAAUUGCAAGAUACUGCAGUUCUUUUUGUCAACAUCGUGAUUGGGAAACGGGUGGACAUCAUGCAAACUGUCGUCAUAAUAGUCCAUCAACAAGUGAAUCCCGUCGUUCUUCGCCACGAAGUCCACCUAGAGUUGUUAAUUUAAAUCAAAAUGAUAUUAUCGGCUCCUCUGAUAGUAGUCCUAAUUUAUCUAUUAAUAUUACCAAAGCCAAGUGA